AUCAAACACCGUCCAACAUGGCGGCGCAGCGUAGGAAUUUGAUGCAGAGUCAGCACCAGAGCUGGACAGAUGAUCUGCCAUUGUGUCAGAUGUGUGGAGUUGGCACAGCACCCAACUGUGUGUAUGGCUCAGAUGGUAAAGGAACCCAGAGCCACCCUAUGGAGGAUGGACACCUGAGGCUCAGAGGUGAAGACGGCUGUUUCCUGUAUGGGGUUUUUAAUGGUUAUGAUGGCAGUAGAGUGGCCAGCUUUACCGCUCAGUGUCUGACCGCUGAGCUCCUGCUUGGGCAGCUGAAUUCCAGUCACACAGACAACGACGUCCGAAGGAUCCUCACACAGGCAUUUGAUGUGGUGGAGAAGAACUACUUUGAUUCAAUAGAUGACGCUCUGGCUGAGAAGGCACACCUGUCCAACUACAUUCUGCCACACAAUGAGCUUUCUCCUCAGAGUCAGAAGGUGCAGGAGCGGCUGAAGGAGCUGGAGCAGGAGGUGUCGGGAGGUGCUACGGCAGUGGUGGCACUGAUGCUCAACAACAAGCUCUACGUUGCUAACGUCGGUACCAACCGAGUUCUGCUUUGCAAGUCCAGCAGUGAUGGCCAGAAUCAGGUUCUUCAGAUCGGCCGACCACACAGCACGGACAACGAGGAAGAGCUCCAGAGACUGGCCGCGCUGGGUGUGGAUUCAGCCCGCGUGCGGCAAGCGGUGCAGAUAGCUGGACAGAGCAGCACCAGGAGGCUCGGAGACUACAGGGUGAAAAUUAACUACAAUGAAAUCGACUUGCUCAGUGCGGCCAAGGCCAAGCCAGUCAUCGCCGAGCCGGAGAUUCAUGGCAGUCACUCUCUGGAUGGUGUGACGGGCUUCUUGUUGCUGAUGUCUGAGGGUUUAAUAAAUGCUCUGGAGUCUGCUCAUGGCCCAGAGCAGGUCAAUCAGGAAAUUGUUGCCAUGGUUGCAGCAGAGCUGGCCCAGCAGAGCAGUCUGGAGGCAGUGGCUCAGUCCGUGGUGGAGAGGGUCAAGCGGCUUCACCAUGACGUCUACGUGUCUGGCCGUCAGAGGGCGACCUACUGUUCCCGGCACGAGGACAUGACCCUGCUCAUCCGGACCCUCAGUUACCCUCUGGCAGACGCAGCGCUCACACCCACACAGGGUGGCCGCAUCUACCCCGUGUCGGUGCCAUACUCCAAUAGCCAGAGCACCAGUAAAACCAGCGUCACCCUCUCCCUGGUAAUGCCCUCCCAAGGAACCCUCACCAAUGGGACCAACACCACCUCCACCCUGGAGGAAGGCACCCCUACGCCAGGCCAGAGCCCCACGGCCACCCUCCAGUCCACCAACACGCAGACACAGAGCUCCAGCUCCAGCUCGGGGGACGGGAGCCUGUUUCGUCAGAGGGGGAGCCAGGCCGCCCAGCCGGAUGAGACGGGACGGGUGCCGCCCUACGUGGACUUCACUCAGUUUUACCGACUGUGGGCAAGUGACAAUAGUGAUAGUCAGAGCACCCAGGGGGGCCUGGGGCUGCAGUAAAGGCGGGUGGACGGUACCGUUCGGAAGAAGACGGACAGGAUUUUCCGGCAGCAGGAAAGUACCUGGACUUUAAGAGGUGGCUGGAGCGAUUGAUGCAUACUUUUCAUGUUUCUCACCAGAUUGUAAAUGACGUAACAUGGCAUGUGGACAGAACUGGGAAAGACUGUGUUUUUAGACCUCUUGUUACAGGGUGCAACCUGUGAGACUGUUGUGGGCGGGUUGGUGGGGGACGGGGGUCGAUGUUUGUUAAAUGGAUGUUUGGCAUCCUGUAAUAAACAAACAUGACACCAUGUAUGUAAUCCAGACUUUAGAAUUUAAUAUCAAAUGUAAAAGCAGGAUCUGGAAGUAUUUGGAGUUAAGAAUGAUUCAACACAGCAAGGCCUUAAAAUGUGAUGAAUGACGAUGUUCGAAGUGCUUUAUUUGUAAUGAAAAUACAGCAUAUCUCCAGAUUAUUCGUGAGUUUGUGGGAGCUUUUUCUUCAGAAUCUUU